CCGUUUCACGGCAUUCCACAUAAAUUCCGCAAUCUUCGAUCGGCCGAAAUGCUGCUUCGCGUCCUAAUGGGCUGGUAUGCGAAACACGCGGGGAAAUUUGGCCCCCUACUACCCAAGUCCCUGCGCGAGCUAGUUUUACGAGUUAACAUAAGCCUGUAUGAUUUUAGUUGGGAGGAAAAUAGGGAGAUCGGUCUGCUCUAUCGUUUCCUAACUGAUGUGGGCACGUACACACCUGUACUGGGAAGAGAUCGUCAUGCGGCUAUGGAUCCAGAAUCACACCGAGCAUUCCUAGCAUUACGAACUAUGGGAGGAGGGAUUGCGUCUUGUAUGUCAGGAGGUGGGCCUGACUUUGAACCUGGCUGUGGAUAAUUUAAGAAAAUUUAAGAUCUGUCUUAUGGAGUGAGGGGGAAUAUCGACUAUGAUCUUGGAGAAGAUUCCGAAGGAGAUUCGGAAAGAAGCCACGAAGACGAUUAGAGGAUAAUCCCCAG